AUGAUCUUCAUACCGCUCCUUUUCUCUUACCUGGUCUUCAUGACCAACGUCUUCAUCGCCUACGACCACGCUGCUCGUACCUUCGGGUACCCCAGCCUCGGCGGGCCUCUCAAGUACCUGCAGCUGUCUGGCAUCGCCAUCCGUCCAACCCCAUGGCUGCCUGCGGUCCGUGUCGACAUCAAGACCCACUCGGCAAUGCAGUGGGAGGUGUACGAGGAGUACUUCAACUCGUCCAUCUCUUAUGUGCUGCCAUCGACAGUGAGCUUGGACGAGCUCACAUGUCCACUGAGGGAGCCAUUCGCCGACGACAACAAUGGCAACGACGGCUACAGCGACGGGGACGAGUGGUGCUAUGCCCUCCCCGAGUCGUCGUUCUUCGAUCAGUUCAUCUUCUUCCAUGACCAGUCGGCGCCGGCGAUGUGUGCGGUUACGGACGCCCCAGUGGAGGAGCCGAGCACUACGCCCCCCACCGACGUCGCUGACAAGCCCGCCUCGGACGCCUCGCCUUCCCCGAUGGAUGCAACCUCGAAGACCUCGUCGCCAUUCGAAGAAACCAUCGAGUGGCUGACACCUUACCUUCCGGCCGUAGCCUUACUGAUUAUGAUGGAGGGCUUUCUGCAAAUCUGCAGCAGGACUGAACGUUCCGCAGACCACCUCGGUAACGCAAAGGACAGGAAGGACAAGCAGAAGGACCUAUCCGACAUCAGCUUGUCCAUCGAGUCGGUCGCGGUGAACGUCCGAAGCCGCAACAGGAGGAAGAACAGGAAGAAGAAAAAGAAAAAGAAGACAUCUGCCGUGGUCGAGAUCCCGACGUCGCAACGUGCAACCCGCGUUGAUCUGCUACUUCGGCCUGACGAUGUGAAGCGUAUGUGGGACUGGAUCCCUUCGCGCUUCUGCCAGCCUAGCCGAUACCAAGGUACGGCGUCAUCUUCCUCCCUCUCAGCAUACAGCUCAUGGACAUACGCUGCUCAUUAG